AUGUAUUUGAAUAGAGACAUAGUAAAGUUUCUAAUUGAAUGCCUUAUCCACACAUUUGGGUUUUUCAUCACGCUCUGGAUAGGAUAUGCUGUGCGCGAGCUGAUACUUGACUACACAGCCCCGAAGUGCAAGCAAUCGGAGGUUUCCACAUUUCUGCCCCCUACAUGCUACAUACGCCCUCUAAAAAAACAGCGCUAUGACAUUUAG